AAGACACGCCCGUCGAAACCUCUCAAACGUUUCCGCAAACUAUCCUGUGGGCGCUUGAUCUGAUCAUCUACAUUCGGAAUCACUGUUACGGAACUAUCAGACUUUGAACUUUUCCAUCCCAGGACAAAUAUGAGUGAAAUCAAACCUACAAAUCCAGCAGCCACUAACACUGGAGAGGAAAAGGACUGGGCCGCAGCAAAAGCCUUUUUUGACAGUUUAAAAACAAGGAAACCUAGACCCCCCAAACCCCAAUAUGCCGUUACUAUCGCCGUCUCUUCUCGCACCCUGUUUAACAUGGUUGCGGAGCGGAAGAUCUACGAGGAAGAGGGGGUCGAGAAGUAUGUGACGUUUCAACAGGAGCACGAGAAUGAGCCGCUCAUGCCAGGUGUGGCGUUCCCUCUCGUGAAGGCUCUGAUGACGGUGAACUCCAGACUGAGGCAGCUCUACCCCGACAGCGAGGAGCUGUUUGAUAUCGUCCUGAUGACUAAUAACCACGCCCAGGUUGGGGUGCGCCUCAUCAACAGCAUCAACCACUACGAUUUACCCAUUGAGAGAUUCUGUAUGACCGGAGGGCAAAGCCCCAUUGGCUAUCUGAAGGCCUACAUGACCAACCUGUACCUCUCCAAGGAUGGAGAGAAAGUCACCGAGGCCAUUGAGGAGGGCAUUGCUGCAGCAACCAUGUUUGCAUCUGGAGAUGUGGAGAACCAGCUUUCUGACACACAGCUGAAAGUAGCCUUUGAUGGAGACGCUGUCCUCUUCUCUGACGAGUCGGAGAUCAUCGUGAAACAACACGGCCUGGACACGUUCUUUGAGCACGAGAAGGAAUUUGAGAACAAACCUCUUGCACAGGGUCCCUUGAAGUGUUUCCUGGAGGCGCUGGGGAAGCUCCAGAGAAAGUUCUACGCCAAGAAUGAGCGUAUGAACUGCCCCAUUCGUACCUACCUGGUAACAGCCCGCAGUGCAGCCAGCUCAGGGGCCCGUGUCCUCAAGACCCUCAGGAGCUGGGGCCUGGAGAUCGACGAAGCCCUGUUCCUAGCCGGGGCCCCCAAAGGGCCCCUCCUGCAGAAGAUCCGGCCCCACAUAUUCUUUGACGACCAGAUGUUCCACAUCGAGGGAGCCAAGGAGCUGGGGACCAUCGCUGCACACGUGCCUUAUGGCAUCGGACAGAAGUAUCACAAGGGGGAACUUAUUGAGCAUCCUGACAAAGGUGUCAAAGACAAGAAGUGAAGAGCCUCCUAGUGGUGGGGAGAUAUCAUACGUUAUGCAAAUGCUUAGUUGCACACAAACCUGUCAUCAGCUGUAGGACCUUUAUUGUUUAUCAGGAUUUUGUAUUAUUUCUCUUUUUUACACUUUAUUACAAACAUCUUUAUCAGAGAAUGUUGUAGUAACAGGAGAGAAAAACACAUAGUUUAGGACUGUAGAUGUAAUACUCACAUCAGGGACCAAUGCCGCCUAAUGUUCUCUGUCAUAAGGAGAGAAAUAAUCACUUUCCUACAAUCCUCAUCACCAUCACAUUGUAGUCUUUAAUAGUAUUUGGUAAAAUAUGUAGUUUUUUAUGAAAAUGUAUGUCAGUGUGUUCAAAUUUUGUAUAGUGUGUUCAAAUUUUACACAUGAAAGUAUAUUUAGCAAAGUGUAUUUUAUAUCUUUAGAUAUGCGCACUCUAGUAAACGUACAAGUUAGAAUGGUUAUUGAUAUGAAGCGCUGCAAAAAAAAUAUGCGUUUUGGUUUUACUGCACACCAUACAAAAACAUACAUUAACACAUUAUUAUUUAUUAUUUACACUUAGAUGCAGUAAUGAUCUUAAGCACUGACAAAUUCGUAACAUAUUGUAAGAAAUGGAAUUCAAAAAAAAAAAAAAAUCUUUUUUUUUGCAGGACAUGACAUCACACAAAAUGGAUGAUGUAGUACACAAUUAUGCAUAUUUUUCGGGGACCCAUUUUGGCCUGUGAGCAUGACUUAAAAAAAUAUUGUCUAAAAUAUACUAAACUUUAGAAGCAACACUUUAAUAUUCAAUAAUUAUUUUUGCUAUCCAAGCAUUGUUCUAGUCUAUUCCAUUUUCUUAUUCCAUUUAAAAAAAAAUGUUUUUAGACGCAAGAAAUCUCACCUUGCUCUUAGUAAAGCUGAAUUAGGCUAUAUGGCUAUAUCAACAUCUCAAGCAAGCUAGUUCUAUACAUAUCUAUUCCACUAGUAAAAUGUUACAUGUCAGGUAUUUUGUUACAAAUAGUUUACAGUUGAAUAUAGAGUACGUAGAAGGACAGUCUAUAUUGUAUGUUGAACAUUAACUAUUUGUAUUUUUUCUUUUUUGUGUGUUAACACAUAUUUUUGGAAUUAUUCAAAUGUCUAUUUUUAAGAAUAUCCCGUCUGUAUUUUUUCACUUUUAACUUAACAUAAAGAUUUAUCUUGUGCAUAUUGCAGUAAGGUUAAAUAAAGGUUUAAAAUAGA